UCUCACACACACAAAACCCUAGAGAGACUGAGAGGCUGCAUUUCCCCCCGCCGGCGAAAAUGUCGAUGUCGAAGAGCUCGAAGAUGCUGCAGUACAUCAACUACCGAAUGCGGGUGACAAUUCAGGACGGUCGCCAGCUCAUCGGAAAAUUCAUGGCGUUCGACCGCCACAUGAAUCUCGUCCUCGGCGACUGCGAGGAGUUCCGCAAGCUGCCGCCGACUAAAGGCUCCAAGGAGGAGCGCGAGGACCGCCGCACCCUCGGCCUCGUCCUCCUCCGCGGCGAGGAGGUCAUCUCCCUCACCGUCGAGGGCCCUCCGCCCCCCGACGACUCCCGCCUCAAAACCGCAUCCGCCACUGCGGUCCCUGGCCCUGGAAUCGGACGCGCCGCCGGCCGCGGCGUCGUCACCGGCCCGCUCUCCCAGGCGCAGCCCGGUCUGGCCGGCCCCGUCCGCGGCGUGGGCGGGCCGGCUCCCGGCAUGAUGCAGCCGCAGAUAUCGCGGCCGCCGCAGAUUUCCGUUCCCCCAAUGCCGUACCCGCAGCAGCCGCCGGUGGUUAGACCGCCGUCUGUUGCGCCUCCGCAGGGAGGGUUCCCGCCGAGGCCAGGGAUGCCGAUGCCGCCUCCGCCGCAGUUCAGGCCUGGUGGUCCACCGCCGGCUGGGUUCGGUCCUCCGCCUCAGUAUGGACAGAGGCCGCAGAUGAUGCCGCCGCCUCAGAUGAUGAGGGGUCCGCCGCCUCCUGGUGGCCCACCGAGGCCUGGAAUGCCUGGUGGUCUGCCGCCUGGGCAGCAGCCGCCGAGGCCUGGUAUGGCUCCUCCGCCACCUCCGGGUGGACAAGUGCAGAUGUUUGGUCCACCUAGACCGGGAAUGCCGCCGCCCAACGCCCCUCAGAAUCAACAGCAGUAAUCAAGGUGUGCAGGUUACCUCGUUAAAAAAGCUACUGGAGGAUUUGUAGUUCAAUCUUUGGGCCUUUUGUACUGGUAACUAGGAUUCAUUUUGUCAGUUUGUUACAAAUAUAUGAUGGUGGUGAAUAUAUAUUCUGUCUGAAUUCUUUAGCCUCUUCAAUUUCUCAAGAUAUGAGUAUGAGUAUGAGUAUGAGACAUUUUUUGUCUUCCCUCUUCACUCAUUUACAGCA